AUGAAGGAUGUAGAGAGUAGCAGCUCUCGCAUUUGCGUCUCAGCCGAAAUUUGGGCCCGUUUCAUCGACUUUGAAGGGAUUCAAUACAUUUCGUCUUUGAGCAAUUCAUGCGACAAACACCACAUGGUGUCUGUUUUCAAGCCUGAACCUCUUCUGCCCAUCGAUUCUGUGUAUAUUGGUGAGAAUUAUCUUGGUGUGAUGCAGGUGCUUUUUUGCAGCUCUACCCAGACUCCAGCUGCGAAGAGACGCCGGGAUCUUUGGUGGAGGAUCAUUCGGCUUGGUGAGCGUGACCCGUCGCUGAUCAUUCAAACUGAUGGUUUAAAGAUACGUGAAAUCAUUCCAGCAACCAAGGCUACUGACUCGCAAUGUUCACUGUGGUCGGUUCCCCCGUCCGGGCCAGUUCGACCGGUCCAACUUGAGCCGAGUUCCCCGGCGACUCAGCUAUCGAUGCUAGUAUGCAACCUACCAGGUGUAACUGCGUAUUCAGUUUAUUGGGAUUAUCGGAUCAUAUCGUUCCAUGCCCAUGUGGCGGGAGAAAAUCUCACAUUCUAUGAGGGCUGUGAAGAUGGAGUUUGGAUGUAUUUUCCUCUGGAAGAGGGAGAGAAGAUAUCCGAAAUCUGGAAAUACAGUCAAUUCAAACGAGGCUCAGGCUUAAUUUUUAGGACGACAUACGGCCGUAUUGCCCAUCUUUGUCCUCAACCUAAGUUGCAGCCGCAUCCCGCCCCGACCUUGAUCGAUCUUCCACGCCAAGACAAGGGUAGCCGACUUUUCUUUGAGCACUCUCCACUAGGGGUACGCAACCUAUCUUUUGAAACACCUAAACCAGUGUCUGCUUCCGAUCCUCCGACCCUCCCCGAACCUUUAUCUAAACAUCCAAAGUCGACUUUCUUUGAAUCUUACUUCUACUCCUCAGCUCUUCUUGAUGGCGUUAUCAAGAUCGUGCCGUGCCAGCGGAAUUUACGUGGGAAACAACACAUCAUUGGUUUACUUCUUCAGUUUCCUGAAAGGCGCCAGUCUUGUGUAGGACAAAUUCGUCUGGAUUGCUUAGGAAGUCCCCUCCAACUGGAUGACCAUCAAAGCAUAUGGCUCGGCUUUUCUACAGAUGAUUACAGGCCUUUCGUGUCUGUCCUACAGCUUUCAGAAUCGAAGCCCAACGAAGACCUCUCGUGGCUUGAGGUACAGCCCUGUAACACAUUGGAAUGGUGGUUUUCUUUGAGGCAAUGCCAAGUGUGCUACAUGGGGAAAUCAAGUCCACCUACUCGACUCUGA